AUGAAUGAUCAAGAAGUUGCAUUGUGUCUCAAAACCUAAAGAUCUUAUUCGAUCACCAUGUCUUAUGCAACCAGAAUGAUGAGCGUUACACUCUCUCUUCAAAUCAUUACAGCUUUUCUCUUUAUUACCGCCACAGCCUCAUCACCUCCAAGCGGCUUCACCAUGGACCUAAUCCACCGUCGCACCAAUUCAUCUUCUUCUCGACGCUCUAAUACUUAUGAUCAACUCCGAUCAUCUCCUUACGCCGACAUCUUCUUUCAAACCUCCGAGUAUCUUAUGAAACUCAAAAUCGGUACUCCUCCUGUCGAGAUAGACGCAGUCUUAGACACAGGAAGCGAGAUCAUAUGGACACAAUGUUUGCCUUGUCUUAACUGCUACAAACAACGCAAUCCAAUAUUCGACCCUUCCAAGUCCUCAACCUACAAAGAGCAAUUAAAGUGCAUUACCCCUAACCCCUCUUGUGAUUAUACUUUGCUAUACGGGGACCAAAGCUACUCCAGAGGAAGCUUAGCAACCGAGACCGUCACCAUCCAAUCCACUUCUGGCCACUCCUAUGUAAUGCCUGAAACAGUUAUUGGAUGUUCGCACAACAGCUCAGGGUUUAGAACAACCGCCUCGGGCAUUGUUGGUCUAAGUUGGAAAUCUUUAUCUCUCAUCUCUCAGAUGGGCAAAAAUAUGCUCGGUGCCUUUUCCUACUGCUUCUCCCCUGAGGGAACAAGUAAGAUCAGCUUUGGAAGUAAUGCUAUUGUGUCAGGGGACGGGACUGUAUCAACCACUAUGUUUACGAAGAAGGAGAAACCCGGUUUCUAUUACCUAAACCUAGACGCGGUCAGCGUUGGGGAGGCUCGCGUUGAAACAUUGGGGACCCCGUUUCACGCCGUAGACGGUAACAUAUUAAUAGACUCUGGAACCACUUUAACCUACUUGCCUGCAAGCUACUGCAGCCUAGUGAGGGAGUCAGUGGAGAAGGUUGUGACUGCGGAACGAGUAACUUUCUCGGAGAUCGACACACUUUGCUACAAAACGAAUACGAUGGAUAUCUUUCCAGUGAUCACGAUGCAUUUCAGUGGAGGUGCAGAUCUUGUUUUGGAUAAAAACAAUACGUAUAUGGCUAAUGGACAAGCCAUUUGUCUGAUGAUUAUGUGUGGUCCGAUAACACCAAUUGCUGAAAAAGCUGUCUUUGGCAACAGAGCACAGAACAACUUCUUGGUUGGUUACGAUCAUUCUUCACUACAGGUUUCAUUUAAACCCACCGAUUGUGGUGUUACACAAGACAUGCCAAGAGACUCAACUUCUGCAGCGUCGUUUUUACAGUUGAACAUUAAGUUUGUUUUAUUUAUAGUUGCCCUUUCACUAAUUAGACUAUAG